GGCUGUUUGCUAAUCAUUGUUGUUGGCACUGCCAGUGCUGUGCUCUAUAAAGGCUCGUGGAACACUGACACAUCGGUUCUGAUUAUAGGGAUUAUCUACCCUAUGAUCGGGUACACGUCUGGAUUUCUUUUGGCGGUUAGUGUGAGACAACCCUAGCAAAGGUAAGGGAAGUACACCCACAACUAUAAAACACUCCACAGUGGUACUGCUGUACACACUAAAACAGUACAUGAAACUUAUAGUGCAGUGUUUCUUUAGGUAUUUCUAAACCGAUAAGGGUGCAAAAUUUUUUCCAAGUUUAAUUGGAUUACAGUUUUAAGUAAAUAUUAACUACAAUUUAAAUUCACUACAACACUGUAUUGCAGUAUUGUAUAUGGUGCAAUUAAAAGCUUAUAAUAAUGUGCUACUGAUUCAGCUGCCCUCCUACUGGCCCUAUGGUAUACAGUACUGAUCAGCAUAUACUGUAUUACUCUAACCUUAUCAACUAGUGGUUAGAAAUAUUUGAUCAGUAUGCAUUGUGAGCAGGAGCAUUGUCAUGCUAUAAUACGUUAGUAACACCGUUAUUAUCCAGAACACAGUCUUGAGGCCAUGUGGGCUUUUUUUCUUUAAUAUCUGCAUUGGUCCAGUAUAUACAAUACAAACAAGAAGCUUGUUCAAACCACUGUCCCACUACUUGCUGGAAGAUGUGUAUCCAAUGUUUGGUUUGCUAGCAGUGUUGUUGCUAAACUUUCUGACUCCUCAAAGCAGGAGGAUCUAGUGCUGGCUUUUGUUUUCACAGGUGCCGGACCAUCGCUAUGGAAACAGGAGCUCAGAAUGUACAAAUCUGUUCCACGGUGCUUCAGCUUUCUUUUCUGCCAAAGCAGCUUGUUCUCAUGUUCACAUUCCCAAUCAUCUACGGGUCGUUUCAGCUUUUGGACGGACUGGUGAUUGUUGCAGUGUAUCAGAUAUACAAAAUAAUAUUCCAGAAUAACUCUGCAGAUAAGCCCAUGCAGGAAGCUGCUGUUAUGAAAGAUUCAAGUGUGAAUGAUCUACAUGGAGAACUCAACAUAGCAUUUGAGAAUGAACAGGCUGCCUGCAACAACUCAAAUCAAGAAUCAGAACACAACCAAACAGGAGAAGAAAAAACACUGGAAAACACUCAAGUGUAAAUUGGACAGGUAUUGUUUUACAAUAAAACCACAGCGCCCCCCCCCCUUCAACAUCUUAAUGCUUUAAUUAAAAUGCAAUAUGGUAUUUUGCUGUACUAAUAUAACAAGGACCAGGGAUCACAAAUGGAGAUUAG